AUGCAGGAAAGCUACCAGCAAGACUCUAUCGAUGUGUUCAUAAGCCAUGCUGGCCCGGACAAGCUAAACAUCGCACGUCCUCUUUUCGAGAAAUUGGAAGCUGAUGGUAAAAAGUUCUUCCUCGACAAGAAAUCAAUGCAGCCCGGUGACUGCGGACCGGACGAAAUGACGAAGGCCAUGGAAUCUGCGAAGGUCGGUGUUUUCAUUCUUUCUCCCGAGUUUGCCGCUCGAAAAUGGACUAUGAGGGAGCUGCGCUGCUUCCUACGCCGACGGAGAGAAGCUAGAAGCGAUGGGAUGCUGCCGCCGACACUGAUUCCGGUGUUUUACAGACUAAGUAUUCGGGAAUGUAGAAAGUUGGAGCCCAGUGAGCAUCAGGAUAUUGAAGGAAACAAUAUUUUUGAAGUUGAGAAGUUUUUUAGCGAGGAACGACAGGGCGAGGCGAGCACGGAAAUGGUGAAGAGGGAGCUACAAGAGCUGGCAGAUAUCACCGGGAUAGAAAAUGACGAAAAGGCAACGAACCGGUUGGAAGACGAAUUCAGCCAUCUUGCAAGAAAACAACUUGUGGAGCGAGUAUUUCUGGCUGUGAAAAAGAAAUGUGAGGAGCACUCGAGCGAUGUAGUGACAGAAGGCGUACAUGGCCCACUCGAGGAAGAGGCGAAGAGGAGCAGCGCCAGUGGCGAUGCUCGUCAUCAAAUGCGUACUACAUCCGCGGAGGACCCGAAGAAGGAUGGCUUCAAGGCUUCGUUUCAAGUGCCAAAGAACCCGGACCAUGUCAUACUGAAGUUUGGACGCAGUGAAGAUGCUGGCAACAGUACGGAACGUAUGACGGCUCCGGAAGAACGAUUGAGGCGGAGUGUUUUGCGUCCGGGAGACCGUCAAAAUGUUGGUGCUGUUGGAGCGCGCCGUGGAGGGGUUGUGGGGACGAAGGGGAUGGGAGGCAUCGGAAAGUCUUGCGCCCUACGCGGUCUGGCCUCGGAUGAAGAGGUUCGCAGCCGGUUUUGCGACGGUAUAUACUGGCUGGUGCUCGGUCAAGACGCGACAGAACGAGGAGUAAUAGAACAUCUGGCCCGCAUCACGAGAGAAAGCGGAGGGGAAACGCAAGCGAAGGCGGUGCGUGAAGAAAGCGUGUUAUACUCUGCGGUUUCGAGGGUCACAGAGUGGUUCAAAGGGAAGACAAUUUUGUUACUUAUCGACGAUGUCUGGAGAGAAGGCAUGGUCGGGAGAGAAGGCAUAGCCGGAAGUAAAGUCAUGUCAAGACUGAGAGAAAUUGCGGAUGUGGAGAACAGCAGCCGUACAGCGUUCACAGCGCGAGAGUGGGGCGUGGUGGAGGGAAGCGAAGAAAUCCAAUUUUCGACAAAGGAAGAUGCUUCCUCUCUGGAAAUCUUGCUAAAGUCUGCUGACAUACAACGUGAAGAGGUUGAGGGCCUGGGGGAUCAAACGGAUAGGAUACUGAGGUUUUGCGGUGGGCUUCCGCUUGCGCUGUCCGUGGUUGGCAGAGCGAUUGCGAGACAUCGUGAGAUUGCGAAAGAACUUUGUCUGAAAAAUGUGCUUGAUGAGUACUUGGAGUGUCUAGAAGAUACAUCGUCAAUACUAUUGGACGAAAGAGCGGAUGGGACGUACCUAUACGAGAACCUGUCAAUGGCGUUUGAAGUUUCGCUGUGCAUGAUGGAUCGAAAGAAGACCAGAGAUGGGCAGUUGAUGUCCUACGCCGAGAUGUACGAGUCGCUGGUGGUCAUUCGGCGCCAAGGAUGGUUGCCGUUGAGUGUGCUCUGUUUGUUAUGGAGACGGAAAGGAAAAGCUCAGGCAUUGAAAGUGCUGCACGAAUUCGUGGAGGCCAGUCUAGUGGAACGAAAGGAUGGAGUGUCAAGUGGUCGCAAGAUCGCCGGAGUCAGGUUGCACGAUUUGCAGCUCGAUUACGUGCAACAGAGAUGUGGGAAUGGGGGAGAGAAGAGGUGGCAUGAAAAGCUUGUGCAAGAAUGGCAAUGGAACGAGAGUGAGAACAGGCAAGAAGCGCCGCCGUGGGUUUGCGGGAGAGGGUGGAAGAAGGAUAUGGUGGAGGACGAGUAUUUCCGACACAACUUGUGCCGCCAUCUCAAGGGGGCGCAGCUGGGCGAGGAUUUGUGGGAUGUUUUGAGUGAUGCCAGGUGGGUGGCAGAGAAGUUAACUCGGGCAGAGGGGCUAAAUCUUCAAGAGGAUUUCAAGAUUUUGACGGACGUAGCCGGGGAAGACGGAGAACGGUGCGAAGCGGGAGGCAGGCUGUGGUCGUUGCAGAAGAUUGCUAGACAGGCGAGGCUGAGUGCGUCCUUUGUUCGUCGAAGUUCGAGAGAGGUAUGGUUUCAGCUGUACGAUGGUCUGUUGAGAUUCAGGAACGAGUCGGAAGUAAUUGGAGAGUUCUUACGCAGGAUAGAGGAAGUUGCGGAGAAGCCGUGGUUGAAGUCGCUUACACCUGGCUUGAACGUAUCAGGCGCGGUGCAACACAUAUUUCCGGACCAGGGGAGGGUGGUGGGAAUGUCGGGAUGCGCAGCUAAGAACGAAGUGAUCGCUUGGGGGGAUGAUGAGAAGCAUCUGUUUCGUCGGACAUUCCGGGACGGGGAAAUGAAAGAAAACGAGUUGUUUGAAGUGGCAUGGGGUGUGAGCAGGUUUUGGUCGGAGAACGGAAAGUAUGUAGCGGUAGUACAGGCAGAUAGAACAAGCGUGCAGGUGUGGGAUAUGCAUACAGGAGCUACAGCAAAGCGAGUCGGACAGGAAGUGGAUGUAGGGCACCUGGGCCGUUGCACUUUUGACUUGACGGGGGAUGGAAAGCGAGUAGCGUUUGGGGGAGCAUAUGGUGUGGUUGUGUUGUGGGAUGUUGAGAGAGGUGUGAAGAUCAAGGGGGCAGCGAAUAUGUGGGGCCAUGUUGUUAAGAAAGUAUCGCUUUCACCGGGCGGGAAACGGUUGGCGUGCAUGGGAAAAUGCGGCUCAAACGUGUCAAUUUUGAUACUGUGUGCAGAGACAGGGGAGAUGGUUCGGGUGAUUGGCGUGCCGAGUAUUCGACUGUUCGACUUCGAUCGGCCCAAGUGGUUGAUUUCGUGGUCGAAGAAUGGAAAGCGGGUCGCGUGCGUGUUCAAGAUGGAACGUAGAAAAAUUGAAGGAACAGUAUCUGAAGCAAGAUUGUGGAUCUUUGACGGGGAGACUGGUAGGAGUAUCGCGGAAAGCGCGCCUUUGGAAGACGUUCGCUGUCUUUCAUGGUCGGAGGACGGGACGCUGUUGUGCUGUGGCGAGUACUGUAUCGACGAUCUGGGUGUGGUGUCGGUAUGGGACGGACGCUCGGGGAAGAGAAUAUCGAAAUUUGAUGAUUUUCGGGCAAGGGCAAUAUCUCUGUCCGGGGAUGGGAGAUGGUUGGCUGCUUCCAGUUUCGGCGGGAAGGUUUCUGUGAGGGACACAAAGACCGGGGCAGAAGUAUGGCGGCACAUGGCGACACACGGGUCGCAUGUUGAGGUCUUGGGCUGGCUAGAAGAUGGAAAGCGGAUGUUUUCUGUGGAUGACAAUUUCAAUAUUGUCAUUUGGAGGUGGGAUAAUGUGGAGAGGGUGCAGGAGGAGGAAGAGGAAGUCGACAAGGUCAACAAGGAAAGGCGAAAAUUCACGGCUGUUGCGUGGUCAAGCGAUGACAUAUGUGCUACUGUGGUUGGAGACGGAGACGUAGUGAUGUACGAUGUGAAGACGGGGAAGAAGAUGUGGGGGGAUGCUGAGACACACGUAAGCCCUGUGCAUUGUCUGAAGAUGUCUAGAGAUAGCAAGCGGGUGUUUACGGCAGCAGAAGAUGGAAAGUUUGCGAUGUGGGACAGCAAGACGGGCGACAAGUUGUGGGAAUGCGGGGAAGACCGGGCCAAGGAUAAGUACGCAGCAGCAGAAGCAUGUUGGUCCAAUGAUGGGACGAGGGUGUUCGUGUCGUUUGGAAGGAGGGUGGGGUUGUGGGACGGGAAGACUGGGAACAAGUUAUGGGAGAGAAUCGCAGACGCCUACAUACACAUCAGGUGCAUGGCGUGGGCUGGAAACGACACGAAGAUCGCGCUUGGCGGUAGCGCUAACGAGGGCAGGGUCGUGCUGUUAAGCGCCAGAACGGGAGAGGCGAUCAGGGUGGCAUGUGGGCAUACAGAUGGCGGGGUCGUGCUGCGGGGCGCCAAAACAGGAGAGACGAUGGGCGAUGCCCCCGAACGUGUCCCAGAUUCGGUCGGCCUGAAAUGGGCUGCGGACCAAGGUCUGCUUGAGUUGUAUUCAGACGAAUUUGCAGACGAAGUUCACAUAGAUUGGUUCAACUUUGUGAAGCGGCCCUGGAGAGAAGGUGAAGAAGGUGUGCGGGCUUCGUUCUCUGUUGAGCGGGCUCCGUUCUCUGUUGGGCGGGCUCUGUUCCCUGAUAAUGGUUCUCCUGUUGCGGUGAAGUGGUCUCCAGAUGACAAGUGGAUCGCGUCAACUGGAUAUAAUAUGGUUGAAAUUGAUGAAAAUGGGAAACCAAGCAGAGUCGGAGUUAUGAUCUGGAAUUGGGAGACAGGUGUAACAUAUCGGUACCAGUGCCAGCUCGAGAGAUAUUAUAAGGAUGGUUUACCACGCUAUCCGCUGGAAUGGUCUGACGACGGACGACGCGUAGCCCUUGGAAUUGGACGACGCGUAGCCCUUGGAAUUGGAGAAGAGGUGAUGUUAAGGUAUAGCACAAAGAGUGAAGUUCUAAUGCAGAUUGCUUGGUUCCGGGACGGGUCGCGAAUAGCGACGUUGGGGGUCGCGAAUAGCGACGUUGGGUGCAAGGUUAGGUGGAGGAACGUUGCGAAUCCUGUCCGUGACAAGUCAAAGCGCUGUCUGCGAAAAGCAAUACGAUGAUGUUGGGUAUCUCAGAGAGAGCGAUCUGCGCCAGUUCAUCGAUACGAAUGAGGGCAAACUCACGGCGGCGGAUCUAGAGAGGAACCUGGAGAGGAAACUGAGGAUUCGGCUAAAACGAGAUGGAGUGUUCUACAAGACAGGAGAUGACGAAAUCCGCCUAGCAACCGUUGUGGGAGAUCGUUGGUUCUGUUCUACUUCAGGUCGGCACAUUGCGAUCCAGGUAGAAGCAAAACUGUACUUUUACGAGCUCGUGCAGUAGUGUGAUUGUGAGUGUGUGAAUAACCACUGGGCAAAAGGGGAUGUCCCGGCCAGGACAGGACAGGAGGGGUUGUACCCGUGGUAUAUGUAGUAAGGGAUGAUGUGCCAGGAGAAAUUUGUAUGUAUUUGAAGUUGUUUCUAAUUACCCGACGCCUCGAUGCCCCUCUCCGCAAAAAAAGUAGCCGGUACAUCUUUU